UCUCCUUCAAAAACCCUAAGAGGCGCCUCCACCGAAAAGCGAAACCCCAAAAUCAGUAGCCAUGCCGCCGAAGUUGGACCCGAGCCAGAUCGUCGAUGUCUACGUCCGUGUAACCGGAGGAGAAGUUGGAGCCGCCAGUUCUCUUGCUCCGAAGAUCGGUCCUCUCGGUCUCGCCCCAAAGAAGAUCGGAGAAGACAUUGCCAAAGAGACGGCCAAAGAGUGGAAAGGACUUCGCGUUACCGUGAAGCUGACGGUACAGAAUCGUCAGGCUAAGGUCACGGUGGUUCCAUCUGCUGCAGCUCUCGUCAUCAAGGCCUUGAAGGAGCCGGAGAGAGACCGUAAGAAGGUGAAGAACAUCAAGCACAAUGGAAACAUUUCGUUUGAUGAUGUCAUUGAGAUCUCGAGGAUUAUGAGGCCUAGAUCCAUAGCCAAAGAGCUGAGUGGCACCGUGAGGGAGAUUCUUGGGACAUGCGUCUCCGUUGGAUGCACCGUUGAUGGAAAGGACCCGAAGGAUCUUCAGCAGGAGAUUCAAGAGGGUGAGAUCGAUAUCCCUGAGAACUAAGAAAAAAUGAAGAUUUGAUGGAAAUUGAAAUCAUGUUGUCUUUCUUCUUUCAUCUUUUUUUUUUGGUUCCGAGAAAUUUAGCUACUAUCUUUCUUCAAUUAGAAUGACUCAAGUUUUGGAUUAUUUUUGCGUUUUUUUUGUCUGUUUAAGAACCCCAAUGGUUUAUCAGUCGCAAUGUUUUACAUUUUGGCUGAAAUGUUUUACAUUUUGCAUUGAUAUCUUAUGCUAUUGCCUUCUAAGAGUUUGAAAGUUGAUCUU